CUCGAAGUAGUAGCGUCUGUAAACAAUAAACAAUAACACGCUUGGAUAUCAUGCGAGAUGGAUGCAGCAGCACCUGUGAACAUGGAUGAAACUCCAGAACCUCCCACAAAGAACAAAAUACAAACCUUUGUGUUUCUGGACACAGAGGCGACAGGUCUGGUUGGAGAUGAUACAAGAAUUCUGGAAUUGUCUUUGAUAGCUGUGUCAAGGGAGGAUUUACUGAGUAUGAAAGACAGCCAAAAAGUAGACAGCCCAGAAGAUGAAGUUAGUAAAACCAAUGGCACAAAAACUUACUCAGCGGUACCGAAGCUACCCCGUGUGUUACAGAAAUAUACCAGACUAUAUUAUCCUCGAAAGCUGAUCACACCAAAGCUCGAAGAGAUCACAGGGCUUAAUAAUGACAUGCUCCAUCACUUGCCAGGCUUCAGUGAUGCUAGUGCUGAGGCCAUAAACCUCUUCCUAGAUCUUCCACAACCAGUGUCACUUGUCGCCCACAAUGGCUCCAGGUAUGACUUCCCAUUGCUGAAGGCAGAACUGUAUAAUGUCUCUGCAUUGGAAAAGUUUUGUGAUCUGCAAUGUGUGGAUACACUGACAGCCAUCAAGGACAUAGACAUAACCCAGCAAAGGGAGAGUGAACGACGGGAUAUUUUAGAGAUAACAGAGCUUGCAGAGUCGUUUGGGCUUGAGGAAAUGCACGAUGAGCAAAUGGAGGUGGGGCCGAGCAGCAAGAGGUCUCGAUAUGAAAUUGAAGAGGAAGAGAAGUCCCAAGCAGUCAAUGGAACCCUCGAGUCAGCACCCAAUCAGGAAGCUAAUCAUCCCUUACUAGAAGUGUCGCCUGAAGUGCCCAUCACCCCAGUAAAGGAUCACAUUCCAGGAAGAGGAAGCAAAACACCAGCGACGCCAGUGAAGCCUAAGGAGCCAAUGGAAUUACCCAUCACACCGGAGCAGCAGUCCAGAGUGUACCUCCCAGGAACACCUGGAUUCAGUCCUCAGGCCAUGAGCAGCACAAAGAAAGUCCGUCGCAGUCUGAAUUAUGGGGAGAAUGGCAAGAGAAAAUGGGAUGGGACGAAGCCUUAUACUCAGAGUAAUAUUUACAAGAGAUUGUUUGGCUGUACUUUCGAAGCUCACCGAGCUGAGAACGAUUGCCAGGCAUUAUUGGAAAUUUGUGGUCACUAUGGGGAAAAGUUUGUCGAAUGGGCUGACACUUUUUACGAGAGGUUUGUUGAAGUUAAACCCAUGUGGGUCAAAAGAAGAACAUUUCAGAUCAAAUAAGAUACCAAUGCCAGUUCAAAUCUUCGAUAAUUUGAUGAAACUGAAUUUUUUUGUGUGUAUUCAGUUUUAUGUUAUUUAAUAUGUUUUCUUAUGCUAUUUAGUCAGUUGCACAUUUUUAUGUAUUUUUAUUAGGUUAAGGAAUUUCAGUUAUAUAUAAUUGUAGAUAUACAUGCAGACAUACAUCAUGACAUAUACACGUAUAUAUAUUUUAAAGCUUGAAUACAACAAAAAUUUUAUUAAAGUUUAUAGUAUUUUGGCAAACAUUUAAGUUUAUAUAAUUUAAUGUUAUAAAUUAUUUGGCACAUUUUAAUUUUUAAAAAUGCAGUGAGUGCAUAUUAAGUGUACAUGUAUAUCUUUCUUGCCAGGGAAUAUAAAUUCUGUAUUUUACAAUAUCUAAAAUUUCUUUAGAGUUCAAGGAUAUUGGCAAGUAAUAAACUUAUUGAUAUGCAUUUAUUUUUUAUGUAGCUAAACAGUAUUGUUAAUUCUUGGAGAAAUUUUAACAUUAAGAAAUAUAUUUAAUUGUAUGUUUUAAAUUGGUAAUCUUUAGUGUAUAUAUUCAUGGAUUAUGAAUUCAAAAUCAAUAUAUAUGGUAGGAUUUUAUUCAGAUAUUUGGCUUUUAAUGUCAUUAAUACUUGAGUUAAUUUGUUAAAAGCAAAUUUGGUGCAGAUCACUUUAUUUUAAAACUUUCAAGAGAUUCAUGUAAGUUUUAAUGUUAUGAUAAUAAUAGCAGUAAUAAUAAUUGUUAUUGUUAUUAUUGUUAUUUAGUAAUAAGUAUGAGAAUCACUCCUUGAAUGUCAUUAUGCUAGGAAAGAUUGAUCAUACUCGCAAACACUUACAUCUACCCCCCCCCCCACACACACACACAACACAAAAUCAUACAUAAACUAUAUUACUGCUCAGUAUUUGAUUUGUGCUUUAUGUUUAUAUGAGAUGACCCAUAUA